UUGACACUCCCCAACCCGAUAAAUGUCGACUCUCCUGUAUCUGUGCCACCUCAGGGACACGAAUCCUCAGAGUUGGGCGCGGCUCUCACUUUCUUGCUGGAAGGUGGUGUAGUCGCGCUACCUACGGAUACUCUGUUUGGCUUGGCUGCCGAUGUUACCAAUGAACGGGCGUUGGAGCGCAUAUUUGACAUAAAGGGUCGCCCUCCUGAAAUGGCACUCCCAGUACUGGUUGCCAAUUGGCACCAAGUAAGAGACGUUGCCAGAGUCGAGUCCACGGCAGCCCGAAAGCUGGCUUCAAAGUUUUGGCCCGGCUCCCUUACCUUGGUUCUGCCAAGGCAGCCGAACCUCUCAACGCUGGUAACCGGAGGCCGCGAGAGCGUGGCAGUGCGAAUGCCGGAUCACUGGGUUCCCUUAUGGCUUUCCUCCCAGUUGGGACGUCCCAUAACCGGUACCAGCGCCAAUCGAAGCGGCCAACCUGACUUGAAGACUUCAAAAGAGGUCAAUGACCUCUUGGGCGAUGCAGUGGAUACAAUCAUUGCCGCAGGUCCGGCGCCGUUGGGGCUGCAAUCUACUAUCGUAGAUUUGACCGGUCCUAUUCCUGUCCUGCUGAGGGAUGGCGCAAUUCCCUUUGCCCAGGUAUCCCAAGCUUGGGAGGAACUCGCUGGCCUACAGGCCGAGACAAAGGGAACAGGGGGAUAG